AUGGAAUUUCGCCAUCUCAUUCUGUUUGCUGUUUUGGCAUGCUACUUGUGCCAAGGUUACGCAUCCAAAGGUGCACAGCAACUCUCCGAUGUGGCGGAGGAUAAAUCUUCGUACGAAAUCCGGACGAACGAUAUUGUCAUCAAACCUAUUCUCGGAUGGUGUGUAGACUAUGGUCAGAACAAAAGCAGCAAUGUUAGCAAUGCAAGCUCCUCUAUCUCGUACAUCGACAGCUGCGACAAGAACUACAGACAAAAAGGCAACUACGGCCAAUUACAGUGUGAAGACCCUUUCUUCGGAGGUCUUUUUGGUUGUUGCUACAUCCAAGCAUACGACUCCUGCACAUCGUGCCGAUACUCUACACUGACCUGCAUCGAUGCUGCAAAGCAAUGUGCCCAAAGGUGGACUAAUCAGAUCGAGACUCAACAAGGAUACAUUCCUACAUACACAAGUCGGACUCAGACAUGCGUGAACAACUCUAAGACUGGAAAUGGAUACUGGUAUCAACCUGGUUUUACGUUCUACGGGAGUUUCACAAAUGCUGCUUCAAAGUUUUAUGUUUUUCCUACCCCGGAACAGUGUGCGGCGGAGUGUGACAAAAUCCAGGGAUGCACAGCAUUUAUGUACAGCGUGAACAGCCAGAUAUGCAUACACCUGUUGGCCAAAGUGGAGGGAAUGUGUGACUUAUCCACGACUGAAUGUCUCAAUAAUCCUUUGCGUCCGCCUACAAAAUUUGAUUACGCCUCCUCCAACUCGGCGCUCUGCAAUAAUUGUUUGUUGUAUAUUUUAGAUAUUGAUCGCAUGUAUUGUGCACCAAACUCCAACACGUGUGCUGGAGCUCGAGAAUACUAUCAGUGCAUGCAGAGCUGGGGGUGCGCAAAUUCUGCAGCUGAUUUGUCAGCUCAUCGCGAAGUGUGUCGAUCAAGUGGUUGCACGGCUGUGCAGUGUGGUCUCAGCACGGUCGACUGCAAUACGACAGCGAUUGUGUGUGCACAAACUUUCUCUACAUGCAUGUUAGAAUCUCAAGGAUCAUGCACAUGCACAAAAUCGUUUUUGCAAUGUAUGACAGAUGCAAAUUGUAACGUGAAAGUUGCAUCGUCAGCUUCAGGUUAUACCGCCGAAAGCAUGUGUGUGCUGGAAGGUUGUACCGCAGAGGAGUGCGGCCUUAACACCGCGUCCUGCAACACUACCUCAAUGCGUUGUGCAUCGGAUUUUUACCAUUGCUCGGAGAAUGUUUAUGGCAAUAUCACAGUAGAAUUGGCCACUUCAAGUCCAGAUUGCGGCGUGAUACGUUCCUUUAUGAUACACCGAUUGGUUAUACUGCCUAUGACCAUAACCGUUGAUUCUGAUCGUACCUUCCUCUACGAACAUUGCGUUUUGGAUGGUUGUCCUGACAGUGACUGCGGGUUUUUGCCGGGUGUGAAGAAUGUCUUUUGUAGUUCACUGGAGAUGUCUGAUAUUUGCAUGACUAAUGGUUGCACCCCCGAUGAAUGUGGUGUAUGUGGAAGGAAAUGCAGUUACUUAGCGGCGCAAUGCAACAACCAGUACAUCCAAUGCGAAUUCUCAGGAGCAAACAAAUGCGAUUGUGCCAAGAAUCAAUAUGAAUGUUUGAACACUGCGGGUUGUGUAAGCGAUGCAACAUGGAUUCAGAAGCAUGCUCAAUUGUGUGCUGAUUUUGGUUGCACCGCACUUGAAUGUGGAUUACCAUCUACCUACACAAGUUGCAAUCAAACUGGGUUCAAGUGUGUCGGCAAAUUGCGAUCCUGUCUUGAAAGCACGAUAGACUUCUCCAACGAUGUCUGUUACAGCCAUUAUUUGACAAAACUGGACAUGGGACAGCGAGGUAGAGAUGUUUGCAAUAAUCCGUGGGCUGGAGGCUUGCCAGGGUGCAUUUAUAAUGAGGCAACGGGCAUGUGUUAUCUCAAAGUGAAUUGUGCUUGCUCCAAAUCAUACGUUGAAUGCGUGGAGACUGGAGGAUGUGCCGACACGAGUAGCAUGCAGUCUUAUGCCCAGCUUUGUGCCUACGAAGGUUUUUGCCUUCGAAAUUACUACACUUGCCUGACAAGUUCAGGCUGUACAAAACCAAGCUAUUUGAAAUUGAACCGAGAGAUCUGUCAGAAAGAGCAAUGCAGCCUUGAAGAAUGCGGCAUUAUCGGAAACGCAGAAUCACCAGUCGUACCGGGUCCACCUGAAUAUGUGUCGUUGCAAUCUUUACCUUCGCGAAGUAUGGGCAUUGCAUGGCAAGAUUCUGAACAAGCUCAACAAUGGGCAAUCAGCGGGUCGAGGAACUAUGUUGUACAGUAUGAAGUUCUGAUAGAGGGAAGCUGCUCGGGCGUUGUUGUGCAACAGAGCGGAAGCAUAGAUUACAAUUUAAUGUCUUGUACACAAUCUUUAUAUCACAAGAACAUCUCCGCGAGAACAAAGGGUUUCGUGUUCCAAGGGAGUUUGGUCAAAGGUACAAUUUACAGAGUCAGUGUUUGGGCAAUCAACUUGGCAGGAAAGGGUUCUUCUCCGCGAGUCAAUGCAACUCGAUUCACUGGUCCACCAGGACAGCCUCCUACUCCAGCCAUCUCGAACAGAAACAGUCUUACUGUGCGAAUGACCUGGAGUCGGCCAAGUGAUACAGGAGAUACUACGUCGCAAAAGAGUUUAAAAGCAUAUUUGUUGCAAAUUUUUGCAAACCCGUCGGUGUACUAUGGAAACAAUAUCACGACUGCAGAGAGCAUUGUGUCGUACGAUUUCAACACUGCUGUUGGGGGAACGUUCACGAAAUGUGCCAAUCAAGGUCAAAUCUGCUACUGUGAGGGAGUAGUGCGCUACGGUGCGGAUGGGCAAUGGUCAGUCCCAUACAUAGCACCAGGUUGGGUUAAUUGCACAGAUGGAGACAUCUUCCCCAUCGUUAUAUGGAAUGCUGCACAUAUCUGUGAAUGCAACUCGAGGGCCGAUAAGCUUUUAGGCACCCUUCCAGAGCCAAUCAUGGCAGGUCAGAGUGUCAGGGGAAGACUAUUGGCGAUCAAUGACAUCGAUGAAGGACCCUUCAGUGAAUUUGCGAGUGUAAGAGCCAUGAGCAAACCAGGGCCUGUGAGAGACAUGAGUGUAACAGCUGCAAGCGAUGGGUUUUUGAUUAGCUGGAAUGCUCCAUCAGACUAUGGAUAUGGGCUAGGUGUGUUCGAAAACAUUUUGCUUGAUUACAGUAUCAAACUUUCGACUUGUCCGGAGGUAAAUUCUGGCAGCACAUGCACAGUCCAGCAAUUUUCUAAAUCACCUGACUGCAAUGGUUUAUGCACAUACAAGAUCCCAGAGCUGAACACGCUGCUUGAGGGAACAGUGUAUUACAUUCUUGUUCAAGCUCAAAAUUCUGCUGGAAUUGGAUUUAUGGAUUUGAAAAGUUUCGUGAGGAAGGCGUGGAAACUAAGAGCGUAUAUCUCAUACCCUGCUGAUCAAAAGUUUCCCCUGCGUGUUGCUCAGUGGGAUGGUCAGAGUUAUGUCUGGAUCGAUGGAAACGUACAAAACAACAUUGCAAUAACGGUUGAGAACUUGCCACUCGCACCCUCCACAACCUAUCUUCCCAUAAAUGUCACUCUUGGGUCAAGGUCCGUAAUUUCUCAGCUCUUUGUAUCAUCAAGGACUAUACUAUCCCAUGUAUCAACAGGGUCAAGCAAUUGCGGAGAUCAGGCUGCCAGUGUACAGUACUCGUACCCCGUCUCAGGUCUGCUGAACUUCUUCCAAGCAACUUCAAGUACAUUGCAGGUGUAUUUCAAUUCUAGUAUGGGUACGGUAACCGAUAUCACUCCUGACGUCGAGGGUACUCUAAGGAUUACAGCAAGAACACCUUUGUUGGCUACUCAAGGAGUCGCUAUAAUCAGUUUCUACCUGCAGGGUUCUCGGCUUCCUUUGACGACAGAUCCGAUCUUCAACUUCAGAAAACAGUACAUCGCCAGCGUGGUUCCCGGGUACGGGUUGAGCAGCGGAGGUACAGCUAUUUCGGUGCUUGCCAUUGGAUUGCUGGAAACUGUCAGCUCGGUCCAGAUGUACUUGAACAACGUGGAAUGCCUUGCGGUUUCAUUCUCACAAAACUCAGACAAAUUGACAGUCGCAGGCAAUACUCCUUCGUCAAGCUCUGCUGGGUAUGUCGUUGUCAAACUGGUUAUCAACUACCAGACUGGAAGCGUACCAUCAACAUUGGAGUUAGCUAACGGUUUCCGCUACUUGAGUGUUCCUCAGCUGCAACUUCCCGAUAAUUUCAUUCAAGUUCUAAAUCAGACAGCAGCGAGCAUUGGCAUCGACAUCACCAAGUCGACGAUCGUCAAGUUUCGCGUAUCAAAUCUUCCCACCCAGACUGGAAGCUUUCAGGUCACUGUCGGCCAAGAGCUUGCAACAGUAAUUUCGUAUACGGAGUGCACAGACCUCUUCAGCUGUCAAGUGGAAAUUCAAAUUUCCACUCCUACUACCUUGGAUGCCGGAUCGUACAGCAUUACUGUGACAGCUUUCAACAGCAUUUACCAGAAUCAGCAAUCAUCGGUCACCAGCACCUUGAAGUUGAAUUUCGUUGAUUAUGCAAAGCCAUUUCUCAUCAGUAUGAGUCCGACUGUGAGUCGCUUGCAAGGGGGUGCAAUGAUAGUAUGUGGAUUCACGAUCCCUGAGGGCAGCAUUUCCAUUACAGUCAAUAUAGGCAACACGAAAGUUGACGACAACAAAGUCAGUUUCUUGAAGUACUCAGAUUGGCUAGUCCCAAAUCUGCAAGAACAAUUCUUAGGAACCGAUUUUAUUUCCAACUUUCUUAGCGGAGCAAGUCAAGAAGACGUCACAGUAAUCAACAGUACUAUUGCGCAACUUUCCCAACUCCAGAUGGGAAGUGCGAUUCUCUUCUUCCGAAGUCGCUCAGCAACGACAACAGGGUUAUUUGACGUCACAAUCAACCUGGGACAACCUUCCUACAACUUGUACAAAACAUUACAAUAUCUUCCUGAUCCUACAGGUGACGUGCAAGCUGAUUUCAUCCCGGUAAGAGGUCUGCCAUAUACCAAAGUUCAAGUUACUCUCAAGAACUUUCAAUUGGUGUACUCGGUCACAGAGCUGAAUGUGACAAUGAGCGCUCAACAACUGCCAACGUCAGACUUGACUCUGCUGAAAAGUGAUUCCACUUCAACAAAGAUGUCUUUGACGGUGCCAAACAUCCUGCCUGGGUUGCGAACGAUCAAUAUUUCGAACAUCGUUCUUCCAUCAUUGGUUGCUUCAUUUGCAUUCACUGUUGUUGAUCCAAAUCCUCCUGCUAUUCAGAGUCAGACAACAGAAAACGUGUACACUGACGGUUUAGAUUCCAUCACUGUCACUAUCCUCAACUUCGGUGACGCGACUGUCGUUAAAUCUGACUUGACUAUUCAAAUUCAAUCCUCAUCCUCUGCUACCUCGACUUCAACGAUAGUCCAGACAUACAGCAUAUCUUAUGAUAGCAACCUGCAGCUUUCCACUGUCACCUUUCAAGCUCCACCGUUUGCUCCGGGUUCUGCCGUUGUUUCAUUGAGCAUAGUCCGUCUGGCCGAUGCGAUCAGUUUUAACAUUCAGUAUGUCGCAAUUCCAACAGGUGAUCCAGUCAUGACGGUUCAACCCUCUCAAGGGAAAGACACAGGAAAUGUUCCAGUGACAUGCCUCUUGACAAACUUCAGGAGAAUUUCGGGUGCAAGUGACUUGAAAGUUUCCUUUGGGAGCGUUGUAUUGAGUUCAUCGCAGCUGACAGUCUCUUCCAGUUUUGAAACUACAAUCGUUUCAUUCUUGACGCCUGAUGUCUCGGCAACAAGUCCGACCCAAGUUACCAUCUCAGUAUAUGCUAUUGGAAGGGAGUCACAGGUUGGCUCAGCAAGCUUUUCCGUCACAAACACUUUAAGGACCACCCUCAAUUUCGUUGAUCCGCCGCAGGUUGUCUUUGCAACCACUCAAGAUACGAAAGUAGUUAUGGUGUCUCUCUCGAAUGUUGGCACGGCAGGGCUCACAGCAAACGAUUUUGAUAUCGUGAAGACGGUUUCCUCCAUGGAUGUUCCUGGACUGACAGCAACAAUCCAGCAGGUGCUCCAAUCGACGACCAAACUUACUGACUUCGAUAUCCUGUUAACAGCUCCAACAAUCCCCUACAACCAGUCGUUUGACGUUUCAUUUGUAAUCUCAUACAAGAAUGAUGGCACUCUUUUGGCUGUGAAGUCUGUUACCUUCACUGUACAAAUCUUACCAAAUGAUAAAAUGUACAUUUCAUCGUUUGAUCCCACGUCAUACUUUACAGAUGGCAAAGUUUCAAUGAAAGUAACUGUACAGAACUUGCCAAGCUCGAUCACAUCUCAGUCUGCAAGUGUUUUUUUGAUCUAUUUCGGCAAUACAAUGACAACAGCCACUUCUGCGACAUUCACUCAGUCGAGUACUGCAAAUAAGUAUACAGGUCAAAUCAAGCUUCGCAUUCCAACAGUACUGGAUCCUUCUACUGUUAAGCCAACCCUGAAGAUUAACAUAACUGGGGAUGUAAUUGAGUUCCCUUCUUCCUUUUCCUACGUCAAGGCUCCGAAUCCAGACAUCACAUCUCUGAAACCAGCUCAAGGAUUUACAAAUACGGAAACAGAAAUCGAAGUGACAAUUAAUCAGUUUGCUGCAAUUGAGAAUGGACUGAGUGACAUUAUCGCGACUAUCACUGAGCUCUCGUGCCAGCUGAUCUCGUAUUCGCAAGUGAAUCCAACUCUUGACAAGUCUCUGAUCCAAGGUUAUAAGAUCAGGCUUCGUACCCCUUGUUGCGUGCCAGAAAUUGUUGCUGGAUAUGCGACAGUGUUUCUUGCACACAGGGACUUUCCAAACAGGUACGCUCUUGCAUCAGGAUCCAACGGGUUCCAGUACAUCGACGCUUCCGCCCCGCGUGUCUCGUCGGUUGUUGGCGAUCUAUCCGGUGCAUUCGUCAAGAAAUACUCAACAACUCCGGUCACUGUGACGAUUGAACAAAUCUUCCAGACCUUCAGCUCAGUUUCUGCUACUCUGAUGGGUGUAGAAGUGCCUGUCCUGGACUUUUCAGGAGACUUCAAUACCGGACAGGCCACUGUGAGACUGUUGAUUCCUAGCUCCAAUCAAUAUGACACUGCUACUGGCGAAAUCACUUUUCCUUCCGGUCUGACGGCAUCGUACACCGUGACAUACUAUGACGAGUUGCUUCCUUCAAUUUUGAAGGCACUGCCAACUUCGGGGACGAUUUGCGGAGGUUUCGUCGUGACCGUGCAGAUUUCUCUCUUUCCAGUCUUGAAUCAGAAGCAGGACGUUCUCAUCAACAUCGGCGACUCCAUUUUUGUCCUGAGUGACAAUGUGCAGUUGGUUUCUUCGUAUUCAUCGCAGACUGACUUGCAAUACUUGUCACCUGCAGUUUCUCAAGGAGUUUAUUAUGUCAAAUUGACACCAUUCCAAUUCCCUCGCAAGUAUGUCGAGUUUUUGUUCAACUACUUGACAGCUUCAGUCUUCCUGAAAUCUAUUUCAAGCACUCAAGUGCAGACGACGGGCGGACAAACAAUCAACAUCGUUAUAUCGAACUUUCCUGUUGUGACAGUCUCUUCAGAGAUUUUGGUAUAUCUCGGAUCCACACCAGCCCAAAAUAUUUCUUUGGUCUCAAGUGUCUGUAGUGAGACCAUUGUGUCAUUCGUUGUGCCUCCCUUGCCUUCUGCUGGAAAUGUUUCAGGCACGAUGUAUCCAAGACGACUUGGAACUGCCGGGGCAGUUGGUUUCAGCGUACUUGCUGUCAAUCCCGUUGCAUUGCAGAUUGUAACUCCAACUCCCACUGAGAUUUGUGCUUGCACGACCUGCACUAAUGUUGUCCAAUAUGUCUACGUGAAGAAUCUUGACCCGAAUGCAGUCAGCAGUGUGUUCUACACAAAGAACCUUCCCUUUGUUGUCACGAAGUAUGAUAACACAACAUUGUUAACAAUUCUACAAGUGACAAUCACCGAGGCUAUUAAGGUUAUUUCCAGUGACAAUAUUGUUGUCACGAGUGGCUCUUUGACCGCAACUGCUGCGUUCCGAGUGAUUGACUGUACGGUUCCUAGACUGGUUUCAAUUUCGAAAUCGACUUCGCUCAACACGGGUGGUUCCAACAUUAUUCUCACAAUCAGCAAUUUCAAACCAUUCAAUUACAACCUUCCAGUCACUGUCAACUUUGGUGGAACUGUAGUGCAAGUGCAAAAUACCGACAUUUGGUCAGCAGACGGUGCUGACAUAACCUCUGCUAGUUCAAUCGCCUUGGCCAAAAUCUCUGUCACAGUUCCAGCUGUUUCAAUCUUCUGGAGCAUUGUGGCCAGUGUCUACCAAAACUCGGUGAAGAUUGUUGAUUUUGAUUUCGAAUUCCAGGCCCCUUGCGACUACGAUGAAGCUUGCGGUUCCAAGUUCCCUGACUUGCUCAAAAUCCAAGCACUAGCGGACUCUGCUACUUGCAACCUUCAAUUCUGUCUGGAUCGAUCUCAAGUUCCCACACCAUUCCUGUCCGUUGUCGAGCCUACUACAGGGCUCACGAGUGGCGGCACGAGUGUGCGUGCGAUUCUAUUUGGAUUUCCUGCUCUGUCACAGCAAGAUGUCACAAUUAUGGUUGGGUCAGCAUCGUUUCCUUCUUACGCCAAGAUCGUUGGGUUCAAGUACCUGACCAGUGAUGGCUUGAAUUCGAAUGUUGAGAUGAACUUCACGAUGCCUCAGGCGCCCAUGGGAGCCACUUCUACCGAUGUUCAGCUCUCCUUUGCUUAUGGCAGACUGACGAAGUCCACUUCCUUUUCAUUCUUGUACAAGACUCCUUUGAGCGGGCCUGCUCUCAUCUUGUUUGCCAGCCCGAAGCAAGCCUUCACCAACGAGCAGAGCUUGUCGUUCAAGGUUGAAAUUGGCAACAUUCCUGUCGUUCCUGCUCCUUUGACCAGUCAAGACGCACUUAGCAAGUUGUACUUAUCAAUUGAUGGUGUAGCAAACUCACUGAUAACCGCCACAUCGAUUAUCAAGUCCGACGCAACCUCCACUCUCUGCACAUUUCAAGUAUCUGCGGUACCACAAGCGGGAAAUUACAAUAUAUCGGUUGGCUACAGUCUCUUUCCUACCACCAGGGCUGGAAGGUUUCCUUUCACUCUGUCUGUCUACCCAGAACCUGUUGCAAGGUCAAUCUAUCCCUUGGAGAUGAGGAAAGGAACUACAACCUCGUUUCAAGCUGCAAUCUGCUAUCUUGGAACCUUAGCUCCUACUGUCUCUAGUACGACAUCAGUACAACCGCAAGGGGCAACCGUCUUGAGCACAGACUCUGCGGAUCCCAGUUGUCCUUUGUCGAACGUACAGUUUUCUUUGACACUGCCUACCUCAGAAUCAGCCCUUUCAACAACUUUCAGGGUUUGUGCAGGAUCUGGACCGACAGCUAAAUGUGCUUCAUUCGCAGUGAAGCUUAUAGACCUCAAUGCGCCCAAAGUCGAUCUGGUGUCGCCCUCGGUAGGGAACGUUGUUGACGUCAUCACCGUCAACGUCUACAUCCGUUACUUCCCCAAGGAUCAAACAAAAGAUUACAGUCUUGCGAGAAUUCAGGGGCAGUUCGGAGAGUCAGUGGUCACUGCCAUCAGUCAUACCACUUCAGCUAGUUCGGGCAUGGACGUGAUUACGUUUAAUGUUGGCAACUUGCGACUCUUUGGCCAACCUUCAAGGUUGCUGAAUGCUUCAGUGUAUAUCAUAGAUUCAUUCAUGGACCCCAUGCCAUUCGAUUUCCUUGUUGUCCGUACUCCUGCUCACCCUACUCCAGUGGAUUCAAGCCAGCUCGGCGGGGGUUCUGUCGUUUUCACGGUGUUCUGGGAUCUUUUCUUACAGCCAACAACUGUCACGGUUACUUUCUCAGGAAUAAACGCCGUCGUCACCAAGAUAGCUGACAACGAAGCUGGUACAAUCUCGAACGUGACUGCAGUCGUUCCUCUUGGCCUCAAGGUUGGCUAUGUUCAGGUCAAGAUCUUGUCAGCAAACAACUUGGGGGAGACAAGCUAUGAAACUUUGUCUUUCGAGAUCUACGAUCCUCCAACGUUUGUCAAUGUUGUUCCCUCUUCGGCUACUGUGGGUGGCACCGUAGGAGCUUGUUCCAUCUGUCUAUCCGACCAGCAGAACGCCGUGGGCAUAUGGAUCUCCAAGGCGCCAGCCAUUCAAGACAUCAGUGAAGUGCAAGUUCAAUUCGGAAGUACGGUCUGUGACAACGUGAAGUGCGCGGUUUUGGAUGCUGUGAGAUGGUCGGAUGGACUCUACAUUUCAUCGUCUGUUCCCCCCCACAGCGCAGGGUCCGUCUCGUUGACCGUUACCUUUCGUGGUCGAGGAGAGGUACCAGCGGGGUUCACAGCAGAUCAAGUCUACGUGAGGGAACAAAGAAGGGCGAUCAGUGGCUUGGUGUUUGAAUAUUACCAACCGUCUGCUGCACUUGUUGCCAUGGAUUACUGUCCCACAUGUGUACCAGGCAAAAUUUGUAUUUCUGGAGGUUUGUGUAGCGACGGAUCAGAACCCAUCCGAUCAUCUGACACAGAUUGUACCUUGCCACUCCGCGGCGGUGGAAUUUUGACUGUCACACUUGAAAAUGCUGUGAUAGAUCAAAGUUUCCAGAUGUCAAUACAAGGAACAUAUUUUUCCGGCAGUGACAUUUUUAAUGUCUUCUCCUCAUCGUCGUCAUAUGUCUUUCAGAUACAACCGAAGCCUUUCGAUAAGACAGGAACUCUAUCCGGAAACAUUGUAGUAUCUGCUUUCUCCACACUUGAUUUCUCAGUCCUCGUUUACGAUCAGCAACUCAUAGUAUAUUGCCGAACUCCCCAAGCUGGGGCGUUAGCCUCUGUGACCUGCCAAGGCCCAGCAGUUGGAUCUGUGUACAUGUACCUGCCUGGGGUGAAUCCUGCAAAUACAGAUAUGCUGAGCAAUUUGAAGGUCGAGUUUGGAGCGAAGGAACCUCGCUCGGUCUCUUGGUACACCAGUGCAAGCUACACGCAAUUGGACGUUAUUGUUGCCUCCCUUCCAACCUUCACUAGAUCGGAACUAUCAGUGAUCGAAGGGAAGGCAAGCGUCCCAAUCAAGGUCUCAUACUUGAGCUCCCCGUCGCUCUUCUACACAGGAUCCUAUGACAUCUACUUCGCUCCUCUUCUCUUGAGCGCGCGCUUUCAAUCGGCGGGAGAUGCUAUCGAAGUGGAAUUCGACCAGCAGACCAAUGGCAAGUCUCUUUCAGCUGACUGUUCAUUCCUAGAUGUCACAGGGCUUGGAUCUGGUUACACGUGUGUCUGGCAGACAACCAAACGUUUGAUUAUCAAGCUUGGUAAAAGUGCAACGAUCGUGCCUGGCGACUUUAUGAAUUUGAAGAACAAUUUCUUGAAGUCGGAGAAUCUUAUUUCCUCGUUUUCUGUCCCUCUGACACAACCUCUCCGGAUAGAACCACCCAAAGUUCAGCUUGUUCCUGGUCCAGGAAUUCUGACAGGACCAGCUGUCAUUGACUCAUGCUCAGCAUUGAGAAUUGUCUUCUCCAUCGCCUCCCCUCGACCUCUCAAGUACACCUGGAGCAGCAGCAACAGCGACAGUCUCAACUCAAUCUUGCUGUUCUUGACUUCAAACCAAAUUUCGAUGCCUGCUGGGACUCCUGCGCUACUGGAGACGAACUUUCAGUAUAAAAUUUCAGUUCAAGCCACAGACUUUCUUGGAGUUCAAUCUGAUACGAAGUUUUUCACUCUUACGAAACAAGCUUCACCUAUCCCAACAGUUUUGAUAGAGGGGAGUACGUCAUACUCUGUGAACGACCCGAUCCUCUUGCGAGGAGAAGCCAAGUUCUCUCUCUGUCAAACUUCCAAGAGUGCCCUUAGCUUCGCGUGGGUUUUGUCGGACACCACAACUAGCACUCAAGUGUCAGAUAAAUCGCAGAUGUACCUCAAACCAGGCACGCAGGCGCCUGGAAAGUAUAAGGUCUCGCUGACUAUGUCGAUGGAUGGAGAUAUCUCUAAAAGAGUUUCGGCGAGUGUAGACAUCAACGUCAAAGCCACACCUCUGUUUUCAAAGAUCGCAUCAGGAACUACCAUCACGAUUUCAACUCUAUCGCAGUUGAAUCUGGAUGCUUCCGGUUCGUACGAUCCUGAUCUGCGCCUCAGUGAGCGCAAGACCGAUGCCCUCCUGAAAUUUGCAUGGACUUGUGUUCUGCAGACGGUCUCUGGAACCCAACUUCCUUGCCUGACCAAAGAUGGCAAUGCAGUCACACUUGAAACAGCGCGAAUCUUAACGAUUGCUGCAGACACACUGACCUCGACAGGGUCCAACUACUUCAUUUUCACUGUCACUGUAUCUAAAACAGGCAAAAUUCCUGCCUCAUCCAGCGUCAACGUGUAUAUGGUCUCUACAAGAAUUCCUUCUGUUGGCAUUCAAACGAGAGACAUGCCUUUUGAUGCAAAGUUGGGGUUGAGUAAAAUCAACCCCGACGCAAGAAUCAACCUCGGAGGUGUCAUCGACGUGCCUGCUAGUCAGAUCAGUCAGUACUCCUGGACCGCGAAUAACGGAAUUUCCUUCACCACCUUGUCUCAAAAUCUUGUUCCCCUCGGAAGCAAUAAAAUCAACUUUGUGCUGCGUUUGGACCUGUCAAGCUCGCCAAUCCUCACUGCUGGGGUCGAAUAUCAGUUCACGCUCAGAGUAACGGACAAUCAAGGUCGAGUUGGCUCAUCUUCCAUCAACCUGCUGGUCAAUCGUCCGCCAAGCUCAGGAACGUGCCAGACAUGUAAAGUAUCAACGUCAACGACAUGCGAGACGACUGGAAUCGCCUACAAGGACUACUUCAGAACUACUUGCUCUAACUGGAUUGACGCCGAUCUUCCCUUGAGCUUCAUGUUUGGCGUCACCAUCAAUGCGAAGAAGCUUGAUUUCAGCCCGUCACCAAUCAACUACCUGGAUAUGGUAUUACCACGAGGACAAGUCGUUGUCACAGCCAAGGUACUACUUCAUGCUUUUCAUAUUUUCUCGUUGACGAUUGCGCAGGUUCUGGAUUCUCUUGGUGCCGCAGCCGAUGCUGGAUCCACUAUGAUCACUAUAUCGAGCAGCGCUGGUCGUCGUCGAUUGCUUGCGGUGCAAGAUGACAUAGGGAACGGAAUGACCGCUUUGAAUGAUGCUUACCAGCUCAAGAGCGCGUCCACGGUGAACCAACUUGUGUCAAACCUCGGGAACACCAUCGCUGGUACAACACUGCAGGCAACGGAUGAGGCCAAGUACCGACAAGAUCUCAUUCUCAACCUCUCGUAUGCUGUUACAUAUGCGGCCCUGACAAAAGACUAUGCUGAAGAGACCAUUCAAGCUGGAGCUAGUGCUAUCCCAACACCUUGUCUGAUCUCAAAUACGACGUUCAAUGGUGCGGUCUCAGUGGCAAAGGCUGCAUCUUCAACGGAUAUGAGUAGAGAUUCCUUCAGCACCACAAUGAAUCAAAACUUUGCGAUCUUCAUGGGAUCGAUUUCAGGCGCCCUCUCGGUCUGCCCUUAUUCUUCUGAGCCUGUAGUGCUCUCCGAGUCGCAACUCAUUCAGUUUCUCAUCGACAGGCACGCGAGCACGUUCCCGAUAGCCGAAGGAUAUGCAAAAGUGAUUGCAGCAGGAGAACUAUACACCUUCACUGGAAAUUCCUUGCACAACUUGACCACAACCAAGGCAAAUUUUCCUCUAGUUGCUACUUCGUUGCAAGUUGCUGCUGCCGGUACUGGGUAUUUCACGGUCCCUCAAUCUCUCUCCCCUUUGCCUAGCAAUGUCUACAAGAUCAUCAUGUUUCAAGGAGUUCGCUCGAACUUGAACAAAGUGUCUAGCAUCGACUUGUUGUCCCAAUCCUCGGUCGCGCUUAUGCUUGCUACUCAAGACUCAAGCACUCAAGCAACAGUAUCGGACCUUACUUCUCCUUUCACAGUUGUCAUCCCUGUAGACCCUCAACUCGUCACAGCUCUUGGUGUUGCUGGGUGGAAAAACAAGUUGUCAUGCGCUUUCUUGGAUCCCACAACCAAACAAUUCAGGUUUCAGGGAUGCAUAGUCUUUGACAGAUCGGACACGUCUGUGACCUGCCGUUGUAAUCACCUCACCGAGUUUUUCGCAGCGUUAGACCCUGCGCUUGCGGACUGCGGAGACAAGAAGAUUAGCCAAAACGAGACGUGCGACGAUGGCAACCUUGUGUCCUUGGACGGCUGCUCCGCAUCCUGUCAAGUGGAGCCUGGUGCUGAUUGCUGGAGGGACCCCGGAUCCGGAACAUACUCAAUUUGCUGUGCUCCAUGCGCACCUGGACAGUACCGUUCUGGCUGCGUCUCCAACACCGUGGACGGAGUAGGCAUUUGCAGCCCAUGCGCGGCAGGAACAUUCAAGCCUGAUCGUGGCAGUUGGGACUCCGUAUGUACUCCUUGUCCCAACGGAACAAGUUCGGUGGCGGGAUCGGCGGUCUGUGGAUCAUCCUGUGGACCAGGCACCUACCCCUCCGGAGCCGAUUGCUUGCCAUGCCCAUAUGGCAAGUACAAGAACACGACAGGGAACUCGAUGUGUCUUGACUGGCCAACGUGCCCACCUGGUUACGAGCUGUACAACGCCUCUGCCUCUGAAUCAGGGUAUUGUAGAGACAUUGAUGAGUGCAAGAAUCAGUCCGACACUUGCAAUAGAGUAUCCGAAGUCUGCGUCAACACCGAAGGGUCAUACAGGUGUGAUUGUGCAUAUGGGUAUGUGAAAGUCAACAACAAGUGCGUCAGCAACUGUGGUGACGGAAUUUACAUCCCCGUGGAGGGAUGUGACGACGGAAACACGAAGAGCGGAGAUGGCUGUAGCAGUUCUUGUACUAUCGAAUCGAACUUCGUUUGCAAGAACAGCAACUCUACACCCAGUGUGUGUACGUGCGUUGCAAACUUUUACAACCCCAAGGAAGGAGCCAAGUGCAGCCGUUAUUGCUCAGCCCAGUACACAUGCCUUGGUCAUGGAAGCUGCCAAGCGGAGGCAGGAUACUGUAUGUGCAAUCGAUAUUACUUUGGGCUUGACUGCUCGACUGUUUUGACACCCUUGGACAGCUUCGAAUUCUACAUCAGCGACAUCAGCAUCUCUUACACCUUCUCUCUUUCAAGUGGCGCGAGCCUCUACUUACCUCCCUUCGCUCUUAGCGGACCAACAACGGUCUCGGGAGAUCUGUACGACAGCAAGGAUCUCCCUCCUGCCAUGCAAGUCGCCGAUGUUGUUCGCUUCGCAGGAGAUGUCGUAGAUCUGCAGCCGGAUGGCAUCAGCGUCAAGGGAGCUGUGCUGGGCCUGAGCGUGAGCCAGCAGGCCCAGGCAGAUGAAGUGCUCAAAGUGUUCACGUUCGAUCGCGACCUUGAGCGAUGGGUUGUGGUCGACGGCAGCGGACCUGACGCUACAGGAAGGGCCUCGGCCACCUUGCAGCACUUCUCGACGUACGCAGCAAUGUUCACCAAAGAUCCGAACAUUGUUGUGGUUCCCUCGAAGCUCGGGUCCGGCAGCAAGGCGGGAGUGAUUGCAGCUGCCAUCAUAGUUCCGAUCUUCUUCAUCGGUAUGCUGGUGCUCGCUUACUACGCUCGCCUCCAGCAGGCUCAGGCAGGCAAGAAGAAGGCAGACGUCGAAGCAGAGGCGCCUUCCGAACCCGUUUACGACAGCUCUGCCCUGCGAUCGAGCGUCAUUCCUCAAGCGAGCACGUUCGACACCUCCGCUGUUGCGCUCCCGGAGAGUUGGAUCAACUGCUCGGCUUGCAACAACCCAGUCAAGUCAACUUGGCCGCGCUGUCCCAACUGUCGCACGGACAUCGCGCAGGCUCCUCGACCCGAGGGCCGCGACCUGGUCGCCACUCUCGGAUACGAUCACCCGGAGAUCAGCGAGGCUGCAGCUGGAGUUGAUUCUGUGUCGGCUGUGUCUGCUCAGACUCUGGUGGAGCAGCAAGGCUUCGGCGGCAUUUGCCAUCAGUGUUCAGCUCCCGUCAAGCUAAGCUGGCCCAGGUGUCCAGGAUGUAAAGCGAAGAUUCAAAGGCCCGGGGAGACGGUGGAGUCGGCGCCAGCGCAGGCGUUCGUGUCGAGCAUGUCGCAGCAGGAUGUGAUGGGUUUCUCUGCCGAGUGCGUCAACUGCAAGGCUCCGGUCAAGCCCACGUGGAAGCGCUGCCCGACAUGCCGCACGCCGAUCAUGAGCGACUCAGCUCCUGCGCCUGCCACUGUGCCGGCCACAAGUGAGGCCCAACAGUACCAGGGAGACACGUUCACGCCAGCACCCGAGGAAGUCACCUUGCCAGGCGACGCCUCAUAA